CAAGACCUAACCGUGACGCGCAUCCUGUCCCACGACCAACCUCUGACGUACUUCUCCGACCAGGACUGUCAGACUGUCACAACACCAGCGGGAACGCGGGAAGACGACUGGCGAUUGGCAACGCGCGUCUCACACGCGACGGUGACAGCGCCGACGGUAUUCGGUCUACCAACUGCGUAACGUCAGUCCUGGAACCUGGUUUCUCGCUCGAUUCGCGCCGAUCUGUCUCGUGCAACCCUAAAUAGAAGCUUUUUACAAAAAACCCAGCAUCAUAGUAUUCCACAAUGAAUACCUUGACUGUAAGCAACGCUUCAGCUCCAUCUUCUGAUGUUGCUAAUAAUAUGGAACAGUCAGGGACCAGAAUCAAAAAGAAAUUAUGGAUAGACACGAAGUCUUUGAACGUGCCAAAUGUUCUGGAUCCAGACGACUCCUUGAUGAAGAAAUUCCAAAAUGCUUUGCGAGAUCAUCUUGUUCGCGUCGACAACAAGUUAAAUGACGAAAUAUUAGAACUUGAAGCUAAUAUAAAGGCUUUAGAGAAGGAACGAGAAGCAGACAGUUUAGAAAUGUAUUAUGCUCAACAGGAAAUAGCGCAGCAACAAAUGACAAUUGAAAAGUUCCAAAACAUGAUACUAAAUGUGAAUUUAUUGCGCGAAGAAAAAGAUACAUGUGUAAAGAAUGCGAAAGAUAUCCACAAGGCUAUUCAUGUUAAAUUAUUCGACGAGAAAAAGAAAGAAGAAACUCUCAUACGCGAAUUGGAGCAGCUUACAGCCUUGCAAGCGCAAUUUUCAGAAUGGCAAAAAGAGCUUGAGAAUAGCUUGGCCAUUUCUAAACAAGUAUCGAAGAAAGAUAAGACAAUUCAACGAGAGCUGAUAGCUCAGAAACAGCAGAAGGACUGUAUAAUAUAUAAACUUAUGGAGGAAGUGUGGAGAAUUAAAACCGAGAUAGCCAAUUUGGACAUGCAAAUGCAAUUGAAGAAUAAAGAAAAAAUUGAGAUAAAUCAGAUGAUCGCCGACGUUAAUGCCGAUCUAGAAACGUUGCAUAAGCAGCACACGAAUUUGUGCAACGCCUGGAAUUCCGUUGUAUUAAAUAUCACUAAGCGAAAUAAAGUCUAUGAGCAACUAAACACAGAGCGUGAAAAAAUAUGUGAAUCUUUUAAUAUAUUACACACGGAAAUAGAGAAAUUAAAAAAGGAAACUUACAAAGAAUCAGAGAAUAAUGAGAAUCUGACCUCAUUGCAUACACGAAUAGAAGACAAUAUACAGAUUAAUAAAAAAUUGACAGAAAUUGGAAAUGAUAAGCUCAAUAAUUUGGAAUCUGAAUUAGUAAAAAUAGCAAAAUUCAGUGAACAAGAACAACAUGAAUUUGAUUUAGCUGAUAAUGAAUGGCAAUAUUUAUUACAUGAAGAGGAAGAAACUGAUAAAGAAUUUACAAAAUUUUUGAAUAAGCAAAACGAGUUGGAAAAAACAAUAUACAGCAAAUUGGAAGAGAAAGUUGCGCAUAAUAAAGCGGCGCGGUAUUUAAAUAAAUUAUUAUUAAAUUCUAAAGAGACGAUACAAGAACAAGAAUUAUUAUUGGUAGAAACGGAAAACUCAUAUGGCAAAAAGUUAUUGGAAUUGGAACAACUUAAUUCAUACAAGUCUCAUGAGAAGAUGGAAUUAGAGGAACUCUUGCAAGGUAAUAUUAAAAAGGGAAAGGAGAUAGAUGAAAUUCAAAAAGAAAUCAAGAAGCAUGAUACAGCGAUUGACAGAAAACGAGUAAAAGUUAUCAGCUUGAAUCAAACCAUUGAAGAAAUAUUAUCGCAUAGGGAGGGUAGAGAAAUUAAUCCUUUUGACAUAAAAAUAAAAAGCUUGGAAAAGAACAUAGAAGAAAUUCAGCAAAGUAAUCAGAAGUCACAGCAAUUGUGGAUUCGCCAAGAAGGAUAUAUGAUUACGCUGAGUCAACAAAGAGAUUUACAACUACAACAACUUAAUCUUCAUAAUAAAGAAAUUAUGAUUAUGGAGCAAAAGAAUUUAAAACUAGAGCACGCUUUGAGAAUGCUUAAUAAAGAGGAAUCGAACAUGGAGAGAAUAUUGAAUCUUUUGCAACAAAGAAUGGUGCAAAUGAAUGCACAAUUAGUCAUACAAAAAGGAUUGAAGGAGGAAUUGGAAGACAAAAAUUCUAUUACAAAAACCGAGGGAAUACAAUCUCUCGAGGAUGCAGAAUUAAAUCUAAUAAAAUUGCAAAACGAUUUAAAGCAAUUGUAUGAAGAAAAAGCACUUUUGAAGGACAAUCUAGAUGCGACGCAACAAGAAAGUUUAUCAUGGGAAAAAAAAGUGCAGUUAAUGCAAGAAACGAUGAAGAAAUUGAGAGAUGAACGUAGUAGCGGUGGUGAUAUUACAGCGAUGAAAAGUGAAAUUCAUAAAAUGGAAAUGCGCCUGUCGCAUUUGCGUAGGGCGCAAGAAAAAUUGAUCCACGAUAUGGAAUUUUGUGUUGCGCGGAGGGAUGUUAUAUUAGACAAAGUUAUGAGCAAAUUUAAGAAGAAUCCUAAAGGACAACACUAUCAAAAAGUUAUAUUCUGCAAACGUCUUGCCGAUCAAAGGUUAAAAAUAAAACAAAUCGUGAAGGAUACGAGAAAAAUUGAAAAUAGAAUAUUGGAAUUGGAAAAUCAAAUAAAGGAUGCAAUAGGCAAACAUAAUGAAUCACAGACAGUACUGAAAGUGAUAGAAGGCGAUAUCCCAAAUGUGGAUCAAGGAAUUAUACAAACAGAAGCUAUUAAAUAUCACAAUUUGCAAGCAUUAGUUUUUAAACAACGAAAAGCUAAAAUGCUACAGGAUAUUAAAAGUGGCCGAUAUAAGAUGCUUUUCAAGAGUGAAGUUACACUGAAUGAAGAAUUUCAAAAUGAACAGAUUCUUCGUGAUUAUUUGAAACAUGUAAUGGAACGAACGAGUCAAGACUUCCCUUUAUUAAAGAACGAUAUUCAAAAAAUACUUUUGACAUUAGAAAUAUUAUAAAAUCCUCUAAAAUAUUAAGAAUAAGAUAAAACAAUACAAUAUAUUUAAUUAAUAACAAUAAUUGUCAUUUAUAACAAAUGCAUAGUAAAUAUGUUUAUUAUAAAACAUAUACCUAUGCAGAGUGGAUUCCUUUAAUAAAAGCCUCCAUGGAUGUAA